AUGGCUCCGGCGGAUACCUUCUUCCGCUCGUCGGACAUGAGCCUGACCCAGCUCUACAUUGCUAACGAGAUCGGAAGAGAGGUUGUGAGCGCCCUGGGCGAGAUUGGCCAGGUGCAGUUCAGAGAUCUUAACUCGGAUACCAACGCCUUUCAACGCACUUUUACCAAGGAAAUCCGUCGCUUAGACAAUGUUGAGAGACAGCUCCGCUACUUCCAUACGCAAAUGGACAAGGCGUCCAUUUCAAUGAGAUCGUCAUCCGAAUUUUCCGACACUUUGGCUGCGCCCCUGGCUUCGGAGAUCGACGAAUUGGCGGAACGCAGCGAGAGCUUGGAACAGCGGGUUGCCUCCUUGAAUGACAGCUACGAGACCCUGAAGAAGCGCGAAGUCGAGCUUACCGAAUGGCGAUGGGUUCUCCGCGAGGCUGGUGGAUUUUUUGAUCGGGCCCACACCCAGACGGAAGACAUUCGCCAAUCCUUCGACAACGACGAGGCUCCUCUUCUCCGUGAUGUUGAACAGCACGCACCUCAGGGUGCGAACGGUGAUACCCAUGGCCAGCAGAGCUUCCAGGAGAUGAACAUCGGUUUCGUUGCUGGUGUCAUCCCCCAGGACCGCAUUGGUGCUUUCGAGCGCAUCCUCUGGCGUACCUUGCGCGGUAACCUCUAUAUGAACCAGUCUGAGAUUCCGGACGCCAUUAUUGACCCCGUCAACAAUGAGGAGAUUCACAAGAGUGUCUUUGUGAUCUUCGCUCAUGGCAAAAAUAUCCUUGCCAAGAUUCGAAAGAUCUCCGAGUCGCUGGGUGCCUCUCUGUAUGGCGUCGAUGAGAACAGCGAACUGAGACGCGAUCAGAUCCACGAGGUUAACACUCGACUUGGCGAUGUGGGCAAUGUGCUCCGCAACACCAAGAGCACUCUUGAUGCCGAGCUCUCGCAGAUUGCUCGCUCGCUCGCGGCUUGGAUGAUCAUCGUCAAGAAGGAAAAGGCUGUUUACGACACCUUGAACAAAUUUUCCUACGACCAGGCACGAAAGACGCUCAUUGCUGAAGCGUGGUGCCCGACAAACUCUCUUGCUUUGAUCAAGUCGACUCUUCAAGAUGUGAACGACCGCGCCGGCCUCUCUGUCCCGACUAUUGUCAACCAAAUUCGGACCAACAAGACCCCGCCAACCUAUGUCCGGACAAACAAGUUCACGGAAGCUUUCCAGACUAUUGUCAACGCCUAUGGUAUUCCCAAGUAUUCCGAGGUCAACCCUGGAUUGUACACGAUUGUUACAUUCCCCUUCCUCUUCGCGGUCAUGUUCGGUGAUUUCGGUCACGGUGCUUUAAUGACCUUAGCUGCCAGUGCAAUGAUUUUCUUCGAAAAGAAGCUGCUGCGCGCCAAACUUGAUGAGCUGACGUACAUGGCUUUCUAUGGUCGAUACAUCAUGUUGAUGAUGGGUCUCUUCUCCAUGUAUACCGGGUUCAUCUACAACGAUAUCUUCUCCAAGGCUUUCACCUUCUUCCCCAGUCAAUGGCAAUGGCCCGAGGACAUCAAAGUAGGCCAGUCCGUUGAGGCGACCUUGAAAGAUGGCUACCGCUUCCCCAUUGGUCUGGACUGGAACUGGCACGAGGCAGAGAACUCCCUCCUUUUCUCGAACAGCAUGAAGAUGAAGAUGAGUAUUCUGCUUGGAUGGUCUCACAUGACAUAUGCUCUUUGCUUCCAGUACGUCAACGCGCGGCACUUCAAGUCUAAGGUCGACAUCUGGGGCAACUUCGUCCCCGGUAUGCUGUUCUUCCAGUCCAUCUUCGGAUAUCUCGUCAUCACUAUCCUCUACAAGUGGUCUGUGAACUGGGUGGAAAUUGGAGAGAACCCUCCGAGUUUGCUCAACAUGCUCAUCUUUAUGUUCCUGAGCCCCGGCACCAUUAACGAACCGCUUUUCCCCCACCAGGCCGGUGUUCAGGUGUUCCUGCUCCUCGUCGCCGUCGUUCAAAUACCUAUCAUGCUUUUCCUCAAGCCGCUCUGGCUUCGCAGAGAGCACAACCGUGCCCGCGCCCUUGGUUAUCGUGGACUUGGCGAGCAAUCCCGAGUCAGCGCUCUCGAGGAUGACGGUCAAAUCGAUGGCGGUUACCGCGACAGCAUGGCCAGUGAUGGUGAAGGCGUUGCUAUGAUUGCCCAGGAUAUCCACGAAGGCGAAGAGCACGAGGAAUUCGACUUCUCCGACGUCAUGAUUCACCAGGUCAUUCACACCAUUGAGUUCUGUCUCAACUGUAUUUCGCACACCGCCUCCUACCUCCGUCUUUGGGCUCUUUCCCUCGCUCACCAGCAGCUUUCUAUUGUGCUUUGGGAUAUGACUCUCGGCUCCGCUUUUGACCAGGAGAGCCCUGUCAUCCGUGUCAUUGCGAUUGUCUUCUGUUUCUACCUUUGGUUCACUUUGAGUGUGGCUAUUUUGUGUGUCAUGGAAGGAACCAGUGCCAUGUUGCAUUCGCUCAGGUUGCAUUGGGUCGAGUCGAUGUCGAAGCACUUUAUGGGAGAAGGUAUCCCCUUCUUACCGUUCAGCUUCAAGACUCUUCUUGAGGAAGAUCCGAUUGAUUAG